ACUAAACUUGGCCCUAUUCCCUGCGCUCUGCGCUCUUUUGCCUCCUCGGCCCCCCUUUCUUCGUCCAUCUUCCUCUCCUCUUCAGGCACAUGGCGCCCCUUCGACUACGCAUAGAUGGACGCAUCUUUCGCGACAGCGAGAACCGAGAGGUAACUCUCCACGGCAUCAACUGUGCCGCUGACGCCAAAUUACCCGCGACUCCCGAGUUGCCCUCUCACGUUGCGGACAACUUCUUCGACGGCGAUAAUGUAUCCUUCGUUAACCGGCCUUUCUCUGUUGACGAUGCUGCUACACAUUUCGCGCGGUUACGGAGUUGGGGGUACAACACAAUAAGAUACAUCUUCACCUGGGAGGCAAUAGAACAUGCAGGCCCUGGGAUAUACGACGAGGAGUGGAUACAGCACACAAUCUCGGUUUUGCGGAAAGCGAAAGAGUUUGGCUUCUACAUUUUUAUGGAUCCACACCAAGAUGUUUGGUCGCGAUUCUCCGGCGGUUCAGGAGCGCCCAUGUGGACUCUCUAUGCGUGCGGGCUAGAUCCCACUUGUUUCGAUGUCACAGAAGCUGCUCUCGUCCAGAACGUAUACCCCGAGCCGGACAAAUUCCCAAAGAUGAUAUGGGCGACCAACUACACGCGAAUGGCCUGCCAGGUCAUAUUCACCCUCUUCUUCGGUGGCAAAGACUUCGCUCCUAAAGCCAUAAUCGACGGGAAGAAUAUUCAAGAUUACCUGCAGGACCAUUUCAUCGCUGCAUGCGAGCACCUGGCGAAGCGCAUCCACCAAGCCGGCGACCUCGAAUACGAUCCAAUAGUGGGAUGGGAGAGCAUCAACGAGCCCAAUCGCGGCUUGAUCAGCUAUCAGGACAUCAGCGUGAUUCCGACAGAGCAGAAGCUACAAAAGGGGACCUCUCCCACUGCUUGGCAGGCCAUCCUUACCGGAUCAGGUAGAGCUUGCGAGGUGGAUACAUGGGAGUUUGGGGGUAUGGGGCCAUACAAGUCGGGUUCGGCACUGAUAGAUCCCGAGGGAAAGACGGCAUGGCUUUCUGAAGACUAUGAUGAUUCGCAGUAUGGCUGGAAACGAGAUCCGGGGUGGCGGUUGGGCGAGUGCAUAUGGGCGCAACAUGGGGUCUGGGAUCCCUCCACCGACACCCUCUUGAGGAAAGACUACUUCGGCAAAGACCCUAAGAAUGGAGCGACCAUCGACUACGAGUACUUCACAAACCAUUAUUACAUGCAGUACUAUCGGAAGCACAGCAAGAUGGUCAAGUCGAUAUUUCCCGACUCCUUGAUGUUUUUCCAGCCGCCGGUCUUAGAGAUUCCGCCGUCGAUAAAGGGGACUGAAGAUGACGAUCCAAACAUAGUUUUCUCGCCGCAUUUCUACGACGGCAUCACUCUAUUAACCAAGAAAUGGAAUCGUGUAUGGAAUAUCGAUGUUUUUGGCGUUCUGCGGGGGAAGUAUCUCACCCCAGCAUUUGCUAUUAAAAUCGGAGAGACUGCGAUUCGGAACUGCUUCGCGCAUCAGCUGGCUGCAAUACGGCAAGAAGGCUCGGACUACAUGGGCGUCCAUCCCUGCGUCUUCACUGAGAUCGGGAUACCGUAUGACAUGGACGACAAGUAUGCAUACAAGACGGGCGAUUACAGCAGUCAGAUCGCAGCCAUGGACGCCAAUCACUUCGCGCUGGAAGAGAGUAAGGCGAAUGGCUAUGCUCUAUGGACAUAUGUCGUAACCAACAACCACUACUGGGGUGAUCAGUGGAAUGGCGAGGAUCUGUCAAUCUAUUCAUCCGACGACAAGCCUCUACCUGCAGGAACAUUCUCCCCCGCUGAAUCGCGCGUCUCGCUUGACACGAGCUCGCCGUCGUACUCGCGAGCCCAGUCUACGGAGACGUUGAGCGUAAACCCGGGAAAUCUAAGAAAGACACUCUCGGUAGACCGCAUGAGCUCGAAAUCAGGCGGGAGCGACGUGCGGGGUCUCCGCGCCGCAGAGGCGUUCGUGCGGCCCACGCCAGUUGCGACGCACGGCAAUGUGUCCUCGUUCGGCUUCGACCUUCGGAACUGCUCGUUCAGGCUUGCUUUAUCGGCGCCGAGCUCGACACGCGAAGACGCACCGACUAUCGUCUAUCUGCCAGAAUUCCACUUCCCAUCGGGCCAGACCAGCGCCGAGGUCAGCGGUGGGAAAUGGACGAUCAGCUCCGAGGAGACCAAUGGCGCCGCGCGGCAGAUGCUCCGGUGGUGGCACGCCGAAGGAGAGCAGACGAUGACGGUCAAGGGCGCUGUGCGCAAGCAAGGGGCGGCAUUGGGCGUGGAGGAGGACGAGGGCUACCUGCAGCAGUGCCGUGAUGUAGGGCUGAGGAGGUGGUGGUGGUGAGGCGUUGGGCAGGGCGGCAGGGCGGCAUGGCUGCGCUGGGGGAGCAGGUCACGCACGGUGACGUAGUGUCGUUCGAUUAUCAGGUCACGCCCGCAGUCAGCAUUUAUGGCGCACAUUUGUUUGGCGGGGGAGGAAAUGGGAGCGCGCGCGCCAGAAGAAACAUGUCGUGGGCGCUGGAAGCACGGCAGCAGCUGUAAUGAGGGAGUACAGUCUGCAGAUAGAAACGGAGAUGCCGAUCCGGCGCCCGCCAAUGGCACCAGAGUCCAG